GUGUGUGAUCUCGAUGUCGAUGCGAGCGGCCGAACUGCUGUCAGGACGGCGGGGAACAGCCGCCGCCGCCGCCUCCUCCUCCUCCUCCUCCUCCAGCGCCACGACGUGAAGAUGCUGAUGAGGAUCGUUAUCGUCGCCACCGUCGCCAUCAUCACCACCACCACCACCACCAUCAUGGCCCUGGUCCUGGUCGCAACUCGGUGAAAGAUGAGCGAAGAGGCGGCGAACCCGAACGAUGAUAGUUACUUUGCACGUGUGCGAGCAGUGGUGAUGACCCGUGAUGACUCAAGUGGAGGAUGGGUGCCACUGGGAGGGGGUGGCCUCAGCUAUGUCACUGUAUUUAAAAUCCAUCUGGAUGAAAGUGGCUGUGAUGAUUUUCUUAUUCGUGGAGAAAGACUCAGGGAUAAAACGGUGGUUUUGGAAUGUGCCCUGAAGAAGGAUUUGAUUUACAAUAAGGUUACCCCAAUAUUUCACCACUGGAAGAUAGAUGAUAAAAAGUUUGGACUUACCUUCCAGAGUCCCGCUGAUGCUCGAGCAUUUGACCGAGGUAUUCGCAGAGCAAUUGAAGAUCUCACAGAAGCAGGUUGCCAGGACCCUUUCAGUGAAGCAGCAGUCUCUGAUGAUGGGUUUCAAGCACCGCAUGAAAAUGAAACAAAUUCUUUAACCAGAAAGGAGAGAAUUUUACAACAUGAUACUAUAGUGACCAAUGAACCUUGCAGAAGCUGCUAUGUUAGGACCCAACCAUUUGAGGAAUUCAGUUCUCGACGAUUGUAUUUUCCUACUCAGCAGAACCAGAUCAUGUUGAAAUCAACGAGGCAUGUCAGUUUUCAGGAUGAUGAUGAAGUAGUGAGGAUAAAUCCUCGAAAGGACGUUUUGAUUAGGGGCUAUGAAGAUUACAGACAUCCCAUUGUACGGAAAUGUGAAUUGGAAACUGAAGGAAAUGCGUAUGUGUGUUUCAAACCUGAGUCUAAAAAACAUGAUUAUGUAUAUCCUUCUGUGGAAGGGAUUGAAUCUGAUCCUAUUAAAGAUUCAAAAGGGUCUGUGGUAUUUAAAACACAGCCCUCACCUUCACAAAAAUCAAAAAAAUCUAAGCGGAGAAAAGAGGAUGGAGAACGCUCUCGUUGUUCAUAUUGUCGAGACAUGUUCAAUCAUGAGGAAAACCGGAGGGGACAAUGUCAAGAUGCCCCAGACCCCAUCAAGAGAUGCAUUUAUCAAGUGAGCUGUAUGUUGUGUGCUGAGAGUAUGCUCUAUCACUGCAUGUCGGACUCUGAAGGAGAUUUCUCUGACCCAUGCUCAUGUGACACUAGUGAUGACAAGUUCUGUUUGCGAUGGCUAGCACUUAUAGCCUUGUCUGUCAUUGCACCUUGUAUGUGCUGCUAUCUUCCUCUGAGAGCAUGCCACCACUGUGGUGAGAUGUGUGGAUGUUGUGGAGGAAAGCACAAAGCAGCUGGGUGAUGUGACAAGUCAGAAGCCAAGUUGCGCUUAAUAUUUUCUCUCCAGGCAGCAUUAUCGCUGGGUCUUUGGGUUCUGGCCCACUGAAUAGUAUUUAAAACCAGCACGAAUUGCAGAGGUGAGCGAGUUCCCGAGGCUUGAUGAGAAGGAAGUGGUGCGUUUCUGAUGAUUGUGCCACUUCACAAGGUCGCCAUGUCUAAUACCUUUCAUGGCAAACAGCCUGUUUUGUGAAGCAGACGGUUCUUUGCCUUUCAGCUGUACAGAUUGAAUACUGUAUGUGAAUACACAGCUGAAGGGAUUCAUUUUGCAGUUUUGUACAUUCAGAGUUGGUUAUGGGGCCUGGUUACUCACCUGAAGCUUUUAUGGAUGAGAUUCAAAUAUUAGACUAAAAGAGCACUAGAUAACCAUGGUUAUGGUUUAUAUCGAAGAAAGAUUUCACCUUGUUCUAGGCUUUGGUUUUAAUAAGUAUUGCAAAUCUUGAGUGCAUUUACAGAAACAUCUAUCUGACAUUCAGGUAUUCUUAUUGUCUGAAUACAGUAAUUACAAUUCUUUAAUAUUGUACAUAUAAAAUCUCAAACUUUAUAACUAAAUUUGACGUAUGGCCUGUAACUCUUUUAAUUUAAAAGUAAAUCCUAUCCUUCCCAAAGUCAUGUCAACACUUUUCAUAAUAAGCUAGUUAACUCCUCGAUAUCUAACAUUUUCAUUUUAAUCCAUUGCAAUAUGCAUGCUUAGUAUUCAUGUAUGAUUUUGUAUAACCGGUUAAUGUUUUUACAUCUUCCUCUGUAAAUUAAUCUGAGUCGAAUAUGUGAGUAAUUUUGUCCAAAGCCUAAAACUAAUGUUAUAUAUAUAUAAUACACACACAUCUCUGUCUAUAUAUAAUAUAUAGGUGAAUUAAGCACAUUCGAUUUUUUUUCUGUGAACCUAACAAUUGCAAACAAGUUAAUAUUUUGAUUUUUAGAUAUUUUUAAACGUUUCUGAUAUAUUUGCUCAACCAGCAAGUUUUCUGUUUGUGGUCCAAGGAUAUCAAAUGGGUUGCAGCAUUGCCAGAACUGGGAAUUGAUUGUGUUUGACUAUCUAAUGGGUAAAGUACAUGUAAAUUCAUGUGCUCGGGCCUGAAUUUGAUUCAGCAACCUACCAGGAAUAUUGUAGAUGCGAUUAUAUUUUUUAACAAAAAGGUCCUGUAGGUGGUUGAUUUUAUUAAAACAAAUUCAAGUUUAAUUUAUAAAUUAGUGUAAUCUGGAAUACUUUUAUGCAAUGACCAUAUUAAGCUAUGCCAUUUUAAUUUAUGUCGCUUCUUGAAAUUAUUAGGUAAAUGCUUUUGAAAAAGUUGGAGUAACCACUAGGGUCUAAAUUUCCUCUGACCAUUAUGCACACAGGCACAUCCGUGUUUCCAGUUUGAGAUUAGGUCAACAAUGCAAUUUGGAAUACUUUAAAUUAUAUGACAUUUCAGACAAUGUGGUGUUUGUUUUGCAAUUUGGACAUGCAUAGGAAUAGAUAAAUUAAAUCUAUAAUGUUUAUUAAAUUAUGCAAUGAGAGACCACUGUAUAUGCAGUAUCAUUCUGGGAAACCCUGGAUUGAACGGUACGCAGUGCAAAUGGUACAUUUGGAGGAGCAGAAGUAUAUAUUUGGGGAUGAAUUGAUUCCAUUCAUUGAUCCAGAUAAAGUAUUUUUUCAAUUUUAUAUUAUAAAAUUUGUUUUAAAAUCAAAGAAUUAUCC